AUGAAGGUGGUGGAGUUGGGGAAAUUCGAACAUGGACUGGCGACUCUCUACAUUCGCUCCAUGCCGGAAUUCUUCAAUUUUGACAUCAACGACAUGAUGUUUGUACCGGUUUGGGUGAUCAUACGCAACAUAUCGGCGGAGCUCUACAACAAGAAGGCGUUGAGUAAGAUCGCUCAGAAGAUAGGCAAACCGGUACAAAUGGACAAGGUUACGAGUGAGAUGGGGAGGCUAGGUUUCGCUCGGCUGCAAGUGGAGGUGGACGCAUCGAAACCGCUACGACGUUCUCUCACGUUGAUCAAUGCGAAAGGGAAAAGCUAUGAGGCCCCAAUCGAGUAUAGUUACGAACCGGUGUUUUGCUCGAAAUGCCAGACUCUUACGCAUAAAACUGAUCAGUGUCGAGCAGAGGCGGUGGUGAAGCGAGGACGUAGCCGCAAACCGAAACCGGUGGUGAGUGCUGCACAAGAUCUACCGGUAACUGCGGUUUGGGCUGGAAAACGGACGGUACUUGUGGAGGACCCGGAGCCUGAAACGGGCGACAAAGCCGUGGGUGCUGUGGUGAUCGUGAGUGCUGAGGAUGAUGAAUCGGAGGAUGGCUCGACUGAAUGCUAUGCUGCGGAUGACGAUGACCGGGGAUCCUUGGUGGAGUUUAAUGCCCUACACUCCCCAAAAUCCCAGGGUACCGCCCCUAAGUCGAAAUUCACUAUCAAAAAGAAGAACCUCCCACCGACUGCAAUUUUGCUACCAAAAGACGUGGAUUUAGAGGAGGAGGUUGAGUCGAAGUCUGUUCGGGUUGAGAGCGAGGAUGCAGAGCCGCGGGGGGGCCAGAAACCCCCAAAGGCGAAAUGA